AUGCACCCUGUGUUCAGUGAAGGAACAGGACAAAUCUGGCUUGAUGAUGUGUCCUGUUCAGGAAGUGAGAAAUUUCUGACUGAGUGUCAGCACAGAGGAUUAGGGACACAUGACUGUACACACAGUAAGGAUGCUGGUGUCAUCUGUUCAGGUGUGCCAGUCAGAUUAUCUGGAAGCACUUUGUGCUCUGGAAGAGUCGAAUUCUUUUACAACAACGCUUGGGGAACAGUCUGUCAUGAUAACUGGGACAUAAAUGAUGCUGAGGUGGUUUGCAGAGAGCUCGGCUGUGGAACGGCACAGAGUGCUGCUGUAUCAGCCCGCUUUGGUGAGGGAAGUGGAUCCAUCUGGCUUGAUGAUGUGUCCUGUUCAGGAAGUGAGAGAUCUCUGACUGAGUGUCAGAACAGAGGAUUUGGGACACAUGACUGUACACACAGUCAGGAUGCUGGUGUUGUCUGCUCAGUGAUCCUCCCAAAGCCCAGAAUCUUCAUGAUUCCUGCUGGUAAAGUUGAGCGGAGAAUCGAUGUCAGCAUCACUUGUUCAAUAUCACCUCAAAGCCAACAGCUUCUACAAGGAGAAUUUACUCUGAAGCAGAUUUCAGGCUCAUUCAGUCAGACAAAACCAUCAACUACCAACUCUGCUACAUUCAAGAUCCUCCAAGUAGAUUUUGACAAGGAUGGAUUGUACCAGUGUGAAUAUUCAUACGACUCCAGCAUCUCCACAAGUGACUCUGUCAACGUCUCUGUUACUGAUCCAAAAAUUCUAGUGCUGAGAUGUUAUCCUGCCACUGAUUCUGCUUUUGAAGAACAUUGCCCUUCAUUUCUACUAUAAGGUCAACAAAAGGCAGAAAUCAGCCAAAAAGGAGAACGAUGAGACAGAUGUUUCCAGAGCUGAAGACGUUCAUGCUGAGGAGGAAGCAGCAGAAGAAAUAGAAUAGACU